AUCAGGGCUACCACGGGAAGGAUGGCGACCUCAAACAAGUUCUCUCUCCUGCUGAUGGUGGUGGUCGCUCUGGCUGUUAGCCAAACAGGUGCUGGCCCACAUUCACUGUGUUAUUUCCACACUGCCCUGUCACGGCCGGGCCGUGGGGAGCCUCAAUAUAUUUCUGUCGGCUAUGUGGAUGACAAGCUGUUUCAGCGCUGUGAUAGCGUUGAGGAGAUUCCGAGGAUGGAGGCCCGUGCACCUUGGAUGGAGAAGGAAGGACCAGAGUAUUGGGAGGAGCUGAAACUCAAAGUAAAAAGCAUUGCACAAAGAGCCAGAGCAAGACUUCGGACCUUGAUCCGCUACUACAACCAGAGUGAAGGCAGUUCUCACAUCCUGCAGUGGAUGGUUGCCUGCGAGGUGGGGCCAGACAUGAGACUUCUUGGAGCACACUAUCAGGCUGCAUAUGAUGGCUCGGAUUACAUCACCCUGAAUGAGGACCUGAGCUCCUGGACUGCAGCAGACAUGGUGGCUCAGAUCACGAAGAGCGAGUUAGAGUCAGAAGGUAGAGCAGAAUACUUCAGAGCCUAUGUGGAUGGAGAGUGCCUGGAGCUGCUCCACAGAUUCCUGCAGAAUGGAAAAGAGAUUCUUCAGAGAGCAGAUCCCCCAAAGGCACAUGUGGCCUAUCACCCAAGACCUGAAGGUGAUGUCACCCUGAGGUGCUGGGCCCUGGGCUUCUACCCUGCUGACAUCAUCCUAACCUGGCAGUUGAAUGGGGAGGACCUGACCCAGGACAUGGAGCUUGUGGAGACCAGGCCUUCAGGGGAUGGAACCUUCCAGAAGUGGGCAUCUGUGGUGGUGCCUUCUGGAGAGGAGCAGAAAUACACAUGCCGUGUGGAGCAUGAGGGGCUGCCUGAGCCUCUUGUCCUGAAAUGGGGAGGAUCUUCUCAGUCCUUUGUCGUCAUCAUGGUUAUCAUAGUAAUCAUUGUUAUUCUGGCUCUCCUGGGAGGUGUGCUCACUGUUGUUUUGGUGUACAGGAGGAGGGAUGCAGGCAUGCUCUGAUGCUUCUCUCACCAUUUAGAAAGUAUGAAAGCACUGCUUGUGUGGGACUGAAUCUGUUCCCCAUAACCGUGUUACCUCCCUUUUCACCAGUACCACAGUGGAAUCUGGGACUUCUUCAUGCCUUGUGGAACUUUAGUUUUCUAUGAGCAGCUUCUUCCCUGGUCAAAAUAAGAAUGUAUAUAUAACUUUAUUUUUUUUACCUUCUUGUUAUAAGAAGUUGGUUGUGUUAUUAAAAUUUGUAAAUUUGAAAGGGAAUAAAAGUGAACUUACAAACCC